UUGAAGUAACAGCUUAUUUUCUUAUUAAAAAGAGAAAAAGAAAAUAUAGAAUGAAAUUUCUAUUAAGUUUUUGUUUCAUUUUAACUUUAACCUCAUUAACUUUGGGUAAAUCUAUGACAUGGGGUAAGCGCAAUAAAAACGAUCGUUUGUUGUAUCGUGAGAAUGUGGUACGUUAUCCUCUACAGGAUUACAUACAAGAGGUUUAUGUGACAUUUCCCAAAUUGGGUGCCAAAAUGAAGGUGCAAAAAAAUGUAACAGCCAUUUAUGUUUUUGAUCGAUUCACCAAUAGUUCUGGAGCGGUGCCCAUACGCAGUAUACCUAUGAAGAAAUCCAAUAAUGCACGUUUUAACUCAACUAUUGUGAUUUUGAAAAGUAAACGUUCGAAGGGUAUUAAUUCAACUGUGGAAUUUUAUGGCAAUUAAAUUGUUACAAUAAAAUCUACAAUAAAUCUUUUGCUUAUAUUUAGCUUAGACAAGCACCCAAAAA